CUGGCGCCGUGCUCUUCGGCAGGGCGUACCGAAAGUGGUGGCAGGCGCUGCCCAAGAACAAGCGGGCCGUGUUUAUGGCCAGUGUGCGCAGAAAUCGCCGCAAAAUCGCCGCCGCGUCGGCGCUGGUGGGAGACUGUCGCUCAACUACUACUACUCGCACCUUCAGACCACGCCCGUCCGGGACGUACCCGAUUCGUAGCCUUCACGCCCGAGCAAAUCGUGAAAAUCUCGCAGGAAGGCUUUGAAAUGAUGAUCGAGGAGCACGCGAUGGACACCCUACCUCCGGACCACGGCUUUUACCGGACCGUGGUACGCGUGGCGAACCGUCUCCUGUCUGCCAACAGAGACCUGGCAGAGAUGCAGCGGGACUGGGCCGUCACUGUGGUGGCAGACGACGCGCACGUCAACGCCUAUGCCAUGGAGUGUGGCAACAUAGUUUGUUUACGGGAAUGCUGCUGA